AAAUUCUAUAAGGACUAUACUAAUACCGGAUCCAGAGGAGGGCUGGGCCGAGGCUUGGGGUGGCCACCCCCUGGAUCCGCCAAUGCCACCUUGAGGUGGCAUCAUGCUUGCAGGGUCUUGACAAGGUGGUCUAUCAUGUAUGAUAUACAUGGCUGACAUAACUACCCAUGAGGCAUAACAUGUCUGCUGCUUGUGAUGAUGUCCUUGUAUGACCCCAUUCUUGACACUCUAGCCCACGAUAGAUAGUAGCUAUGGUGUUUGGUGCUUGACCCCCCUUGUGGUUGAGUCUCAACACUUCGCUAAUUUUCACCUUCUUUUGCCGCCACAUGCUCGAUGUCUCGAGUGCAAGGGUAGGUAGGCGACCAUGAUACUUGGUGCUUCACCCCAUUGUGGUGUCAUGCAUGACCCCCCUUGUUUUUGAGUAUCAUGGUACCUGGUGCUUGACCCCCUUGGACGAUGUCAUGCAUGACCCCCCUUGGAUGAUGUCAUCCUUGACCCCCUUGUGGUUGGGUCUCAACACUUAGCCAAAUUUUCCUUCUUACUGCAUCACGUCUAGGGGUACUCGCGAUGGUCCCCUUUGCAUGGCAUCAUACUUGAUACCCGAGUGCAAGGUAGGUGACUACGUAUCAUGCAUGACCCCCCUUGGAUGAUACCAUGCUUGACCCCCCUUGUGGUGGGUCUCCAUACUUAGCCAAAUUUGCCCACAUCAUGGCGACUUGGGUGGUUGAUGUUGAAGGGUUGACCCUCUUACAUGAGGGGUGGGUAUUUGGUGGGUCAAGUGGUGUGUGUUGAGGUACCUGGUAUGAAGUCCAAAAUACCAUCAUUUAGGCCUAACUUAAACCAAUUUAAUUAAUAUGGUUAAGUUGGCCUUAUAAACCACUACCGCUCCUUGAAAGUAAUCAAUAUGAUAUUAUGUGAUCUUUUAGUGUGGUAAACACCUAACAAUUAGGAUUUCUUUAAAUAACAUUGAUACAUCCAAUGAGCAUAGACACACACUAGAAAACAAUUAAGUAAAACAUUGUUCAACAAAAAACUUGAAUUCACAUGCUUCUCAGUUCCAUAUACUCAUUCAUUUUAUUGGAACGAAUGAGCAAAUUUUUGCUAUGGUAUCAUAACCAUUGAUUCUUCUGAAAGUUCGCAUAUUCAAUCUAAACAACUCUAGCUAAGUACCACUACAAGAAAAUUAGGGGUUACGUUGAAAUCAAUUGUACAAAAUUUCAAAUUCUACUAAGGAUAUUAUAAGAUUCAACCAUAACAUCGAUACAUCAUAUACAUCUCAUGCCAUAUGCACAUUCAACACUUGCUAGCUAGCUCAUUGUAGGUAAAUACAGCCAGACACAAGUACCCAAAUCAAAUUAGCCUUCAAACAAUCAAAAUUUCUUAGUGAACAUCUACUCCAUCAUAUUAAAAAAAAACAACGUUUUAUUCAAUUCAACCAUUCCCCACCACCAAGAAGAUUGCAUAUGGUUUCUAUAAAUACACUCACAAAAUACAAUCUGUAUAUCUCAUCAUCUUUCCACAUCCCAAUCUCCCAAACCGGCCAUCAGCGAUACUGUUCAUCAUCAGUACAAAACCGUCUAGCUAGCGACAUGGGUAUGCAAAUGCAAUGCAGGGGAAUGAUCAUGAUCGUGGCUUCCAUUCUCCUGGCGACGACGGUGGUGCUAGCCUCUUCUUCAGCGACGCUUGAAUCCGCCGCCGUCGCUAAUAGUAACGCGACCAGGCAGGGAGCAACACCGCCCGUGCAAUUGCCGAGGUGCAGAAGAGGGACGAUGGAGCCAAAAGUGGCGGCGAAGUGCUGGAUAGCGAUAAUCGAGGUCCCCUUGUGCGUGUUUCAGAUCCUGAAGGCGUUCGAAGGCGGAUCGGUGUUCAGCAUCGGCAAGUCCUGCUGCCACGCCUUCAUCGACCUCACCGACGACUGCAAGAUCGAGGUCUUCCAGAAGUCCGAGUUCUUCCCCGCCAUCGAGAAGUUCUGUGCGGCCAUCGGCGGCGGCGCCAGUACAGCGGCCGGUCUCGGCAACUAAUAUAAGCUCCAUCUCCUCACUCGGCCUGAUGAUCAUAUGUAUUUUUCUAUUGAUCAUCAAAGACUAAACUAAGUGUGGAAAGAAAGGAAGUAGCUAAUUUCAAUGUAACCUAUGCUCCGAUGUAAAAUAAUUAUAAAUGGAUCUCUCAUACUUUUUCUCUCUUAAUUGUUACAAAAACCAAACCGGCCAAUUUACGAUCGGACCAAUAAAAUCGUCAAAUCAGUUACAAUAGCGAUCCGAUUCAUUUGUUUGGAUGCGGUUCGAGAUGUACAAAACAUUUUUUAACGGUUGGACAUGAGAUCACCAGAUCACUUACUUUGUCUCUCUCUCUCUCUUGUUACAGAAACCGAACCGAAUGAGCAAUUUGACAAGUAGAAUCACAAGAUAGUUACAACAACGGUUUCAUCCAUUUACUUAGAUGGUUUGAGAUGUAUCAAACAUUUUUAAUGGUUGGAUGGUUGAGGGAAAAAAAAAUAUAACGUCAAAUAAGACCCUCAAACUUGAAUUUCUCAUUUUAUUUAUGAUUCCUCUCUUCUUUUUGCACUCUCCUUAUUCUGUUUAUCGUGAUCCACUUCCGAUUGAUACCCUAAUUACUGAUUUGAAUUUAAUAAAGUCAUUUAUAAUUU